AUCUCAUCGCAACAAGAAAUCAGCUGUUAGUAACCCCCUUUGUGAUCGACCACCAGCAAAGGAUCCGUAUUAUCUCCAACCAAUUCUUCUAAAUCUUCUAUGACACAUUAUUUGUGAAGAAUGGAAACUGAAGCAAACGAUCUCGUUUUUUGCUUGAUUUUUCUCUUGAUUCUUUUUUUCUCCUCAGUUUGUUACUUUUUGGUUUAUUCUGGCUUGUUUACUCCUAUUGAAAUCAGGGCUCAACGCCCUUCGUUUACCAGCCUGCGUAUUGCGUAUAAGUUUGCUCGAGGUCCAUAUAAGAAUGCCGGUCAUCUGUUUACAGAAGCACAUAGCCUAAUACCGGAAUUGAAAACCAUUGGGAUAUACUAUGAUGAUCCACAACAGGUCAAUCCAUCAGAAUUAAGAUACUGUGUUGGAAUAAUUCUGUCUGAAGGUGAAUCUGAACCUGAUAAUGCUCACCUUUCAACUUGUCUUGAAUAUGGAUUCAAGGAAUUAGUUUUGCCAGCAGUAGAUCAUGCUGUACUAACAACCUUUCCUUUCAAAAGCACUGUAUCAAUUUUCAUUGGUGUAGCACGUGUGUACCCUAAGCUAGCUGAAUAUAUAAAGGAAAGCAAACUGUGUGCUCAUCCAAUGAUAGAAAUUUAUGAGGAUGACAAAAUUGUCUUCAUGUCACCUUUGUCCAAACAAGAUGAAUUUUAUGUUAAAGAGACCCAAGAAGAAGAAUUGACAAACUCAGCUGCUGAAGAAAAUCAAGGUAAAAUGUCAGUUAUUUCUCUUGAUUCUGUUUUAAACAUAAAUCACACUGCUGAUUCAGAAGAGACACAAGAAUUAAUUCAUCACCAGAUUAACCACUCUAAUGAUAAACAAGAGGAAACUGAGAAGUCACAGAUGAACGGCGUCAUGGAAGAUAGCGACGAAAGUUCAGGGUCAUCUUUUGAAGAACUAACUCAUUCAUAAUAAUACAUCAUAGAUCAUCUAUCUCUCCCAAUGGUGUAUUCUUCAAGUGGUUUAAGUCCUCUCUAUCUCAUUCAGCGAGUUUUAAAAAUUCCUUUUUUGUUUUCUCUUUCGCGUCUCGUUAUAAAUCCUAACUCUGAAUGAUGUGAUGUAUAACUUUCGUUUUUUUUUUUUUGUGGGGUUAGACAAUAAAUAAAAUUUGUUUACUCCAAAA